AUCUUACAGCCGGUUCGUACCGGAGGCCGGCAAGGCCGUAGCAAUAGGCACGAUAGCCAAGUGAUGGGAAGCGGGUGCACCAAAACUUCCGCGUCCUCCACGAAGGAGUUUGCGAAGGAGGGGGCGCCAUCACCCGAGAGUCCUUUGAGGACAGAGGCCUUGGAGACUCCUCUGCCGAACGUGCCGAACGUCGUGGACAAGGAGGUCCAUGAGGCUCAUGGAGCUCUUGGGGCUCCUGUGCAAGCCUCGCUUGGACCGCUGGUUACAGCGCUGGUUUCGCAGAAGCUGGACCAUAUUCUUCAAGAAGAGGUACCGGUCUGGGAUGCCAGCUGCCGUAGCUUCGGCAGGCUUCAGUCGCAAGACGAGAUGGAACAGGAUGCGUCUGUACACGAGAGAGCCAAGAUUCAUCGUGAAUUCUUGGCUCGGCUGGAGAACUACUUUCAGGACGUCUGCUCCCAAACGGGAAUCAGUACCCCUGACGUUGCACAGCUGUUGCAUAAAGAAGCCGCUCGGAGUGAUGGUGCGCGAUUGAUUCUUAAUCGUCUGCUGAAAUACACGGAUUAUAAUGCUUUUGCAAAGCUCAUGCACGGGCACUUCUGGGCCACCGUCAAGGAAGUACGUCUCUUCUGGGACAUUGAGAAUGUCGGCUGGGAUGAGAUGCAACACAGUGGCAGAGAUGUUGUCAAAGGUCUGCGUGACUUUCUGGACGCCAGGAACCUGGGCGGCUUCGCAGCGCAGCUGUGGGCCGUUGCGCCAACGUGGCGCUUUGCGGAAAGUCCGCGUGUCGUCGAUGACCUGGAGGAUGCUGCCAUACAGGCGGUCAACUGCAAGUCGAAGCCAGAAGCUGCAGACCAUGUUAUCAAGGGUGAGAUUGAGAAAGCUGCCCUGCUGUAUGGCAAGUACGAGGUGCCAGCACAUACCGUCGUCUUUAUUCUAAUCACAUCAGACCAAGACUUCACGGACGUCCUGCAGCGUCUCAAAUACGCGGGCUACAAAACCGUGCUGAUACACAAUGCCAGGAAGGGCAGCAGGCAUGUCGAUAUGAUGUCACUGUAUGCAAGCCAUGCCUUUUCUUGGAAAGAGGUCUUGCCAGCUUUACCUGCUCCAAGACGAAGUGACAGGAGCGACUGGCAGAGACUCCUCGACUGGGCCAGAGGUCGGGUCCAUCCCGCCGUUUGGGUAAACGCAAGAGAGGAGGCCCCUCGCCUUUGGCGAGUGAGCCUUCAGUUUGGUAGAGGCUGCGACCCGAACGAGAUUAAUCUCUCCGAAGGAGAGACAAAGCAAGGAGCUGCCAGGGCGGCUCUGGAGUGCCUGGCAAAACUUUUGGGAGAUCAGGUCGAGGUGAGCAACCUCGAGCAGCGAGUGCUGCACACGGCGCUUUCCCAAGGCGCCCAGGCAGAGCGCCAGGCAUAG